AUGUCUUCUCCUCCUUACCUAUUUCCUCAAACUCAAUCAACCAUUCUCCCAAACCCUUCCAACUUCUUCUCCCAAAACUUGCUAUCCACACCCCUCCCUACAAACUCUUUCUUCCAAAACUUUGCUCUCAAAAAUGGUGACCAACCUGAAUACAUUCACCCUUACCUCAUCCAAUCCUCAAACUCCUCCCUCUCAGUUUCAUACCCUUUACUCCUCUUCUCAACAGCAUUGCUCUACCAGGUUUUCUCACCAGAUCUCACUAUCUCAUCCACACAACAACCUCAAACAAACAUAAACCAUGUUAUAUCCUCGUACAGUGAUCUUGGUGUGACUCUUGAUAUUCCCACUUCGAAUCUACGAUUUUUUCUCGUUAGAGGAAGUCCUUUUGUAACUGCUCUAGUCACAAAACCAACACCUCUUUCAAUCAAAACUAUUCACACCAUUGUUUCUUUCUCUACAUUCGAUAACAAGAAAACCAAAUAUACACUUUCACUCAACAAUACUCAGAAAUGGAUCAUAUACACUUCUUCACCAAUUAACUUCAACCAUCUCGGUUCCGAGGUUAUAUCCGAUCCAUUUUCCGGUAUAAUUCGUAUUGCAAGUGUUUCUAAUUCGAAUAAUGAGAAAAUUCUCGAUGAAUUCAGCUCGAGUUAUCCGGUUUCGGGCUAUGCGAAGAUCGAGAAUAAAUUCGGUUUAGUUUAUAAAUGGGAGACUCAAAAUUCCGGUGAUUUACUCAUGCUAGCACACCCUCUUCAUGCUAAGCUUUUGUCUAAUAGUAAAGAUCAUAAGGUUACUAUUUUGAACGAUUUUAAGUAUAGAAGCAUUGAUGGUGAUCUUGUUGGUGUUGUUGGAAAUUCAUGGUUGUUGAAAACCGAUUCUUUUAAUGUAACAUGGCAUUCUAGUAAAGGUGUUACAAAAGAAUCAUACGAGGAAGUUGUUUCUGCUCUUGAGAAAGAUGUUAAUGAGUUGAAUGUUGCGUCGAUUACGACGACUUCGUCGUAUUUUUAUGGUAAGAUUGUUGCAAGAGCUGCAAGGUUUGCUUUGAUAGCUGAAGAAGUUUCUUAUGAGAAAGUGAUUCCGGUUGUUAAGGGUUUUUUGAAGCAAACUAUUGAGCCAUGGUUAGAUGGAAAGUUCAAAGGGAAUGGUUUUUUGUAUGAGAAAACUUGGGGUGGAUUGGUUACUCAACAAGGGGUGAAUGAUGUUGGUGCUGAUUUUGGUUUUGGUGUUUAUAAUGAUCAUCAUUAUCAUUUAGGUUAUUUUCUUUAUGGAAUUGGAGUUCUUGCAAAGAUUGAUCAAGAUUGGGGACAAAAGUAUAAGCCAAUAGUUUAUUCACUUUUGAAAGAUUUUAUGAACUUGGGUCUAGGGGAUAAUCCAAACUAUCCAACUUUAAGGAAUUUUGAUCCUUACAAGUUACAUUCUUGGGCUUCGGGGUUGACCGAAUUCAGAGACGGAAGGAAUCAAGAAAGUACGAGUGAAGCUGUGAAUGCGUAUUAUUCAGUUACGUUAAUAGGUUUAGCUUAUGGUGACGAAGAUCUGGUUGUGGUUGGAUCGACACUUUUAGCGUUGGAAAUUAACGCGGCGCAAUCUUGGUGGCAUGUGAAAGCCGAGAACAAUGUGUAUGGUACUGAUUUUGCUAAACAAAAUCCGAUUGUCGGAGUUUUGUGGGCGAACAAGAGAGACAGUAGUCUUUGGUGGGCUUCGUCGGCGUGCCGUGAAUGUCGGCUUAGUAUACAAGUUUUGCCAUUGUUGCCUAUCACUGAGAAUUUGUUCAAUGAUGGUGUUUAUGCUAAGGAGCUUGUGGAAUGGACAUUGCCAACUUUGAGUAAUGAAGGGUGGAAAGGGUUUACUUAUGCUUUGCAAGGUGUUUAUGAUAAGGAAAAUGCAUUGAAGAAUAUUAGAACUUUGAAAGGUUUUGAUGAUGGAAACUCUUUGAGUAAUUUGUUAUGGUGGAUUCAUAGUAGAUGA